GAUUAAUAAGACAUAUUGAGACUUGCUUCUUUGAGAUGUAUUGAAGAAAUUGAAAUAAUGAAUGCAGAUUUAUCAAAUUCUACUAAUUUGAAUUGAUGUAUAAUUUGAAAUUAAAUCAUAGUAUAUUCCGUUAUUAUGCAAGACCCAGUGCUUAAAUGUUUACAUGAAAAUCAUUACUCUAAAUAAAUAAUUGGUGUAUGUGUUAAUUCAGAUUGCUAAAAGAUAAGACCAUAUUGUUAGCAAUGUUUGAAAUACUAUUUGCAUUCAGAACAUCUUCAUGAUCUUUAAGAUUUUACAGACUUUUAUAAUUAUGUGUAAGAAGGAUUAAAUACUUAUCAUAAUAUGUAAAGUCUUGCAGAGGAAUUAUAAUCAAUAGCAAAGUUGAUUACUAUCAUUAUAAACUAAUUAAGUUUCAAUCCAAAGAUCAAUCUUAAAGAUAUGUCCAUAAUUGCAAUUAAUAACUUGAUAAAUAAAAUCAUAAGAGUGAAGGAAGUGGAAAAAAUAUUGAAAAUUAAUUUAGAAUUGGCUGUGGUACCAUUACAAAAAAUCAAAUAAGACUUUAAAGACUUACUUUUUAAAAAUAGUAUAAAUUUCAUUAAUAUAAUCCAGCUGAAUAAUAAUUGGUUACAGAAGAACCUAAUCAAAAAAUCUCAUAAAAAUCAAAGAAACAAAAGAAAACAGAAAAAGAGAGUUUAAAGUAGUCAUUAGGUAAGAUGAAUUGAAUUAAAUUUAGCAGUUUAAGUUUAAUAAUAAAUAAAAUAGGAAGAAAUGAAACAUUAAAUUGUUUGUAUAAAACCUAAUAAAUCAAAGGAUGAAAAGAAGUAAUAAUAACAAUAAUAGAUUAACCAAAAUUAAGGAAAAUAUCAAUUCUCAAAUAUUUACAAAAAUAGAGCAAUAAAUAUUAUCUAACCAGAAAAUUCAGCAGAGGGUUUUGGAUUUUGUGUAUGUGAUUAGGCAAUUUCAAAAAGUGGAACCACAAUAAUAGCAUUUCGAAUAGUAAAAUGUGAUUGGAGAAUUCAUAUAGGAGUAUGUGAUAGAGAUCUUUUAAUAGAAUCUAAAUAUGAUCCUAAUUUAGCAAAUAUUGGACAUGGGUAAUAAUAGAUUUGAAUAUUAUAAAGGACUUAUCUUAUAAAUAAUUAAGGUGAUAUAUUUUCAACAAUGGAUCCUGAGAAUAAUGAUAAAUCAAAAUCAUUUAAAUUUUAUAAUAAAAACAUAAUUACAAUAGAAAUUAAUGUAGAAUAAUAGCAAAUAACUUGGAUAAAAAAGUAACCAAACGAAACAUUUGUAUUAUAAUUUAUAAUAAUAAAGACUCUUAAAUUUGAGAUUAAGAAGGAACUCUAUCCAUGUGUAAAACUUUGGGGUUCAUCAAAAGUAGAAUUAUUAAAUCCAAUAAUACUUUAAUGA